CUCUGUCGAAGAGUUUUGCAGCAUCAUGCCUGCCAAGAAAGUGGAACCCAAGAAGACGGAGGUGAAGAAGGUGGAGGCAAAGAAGGAGGAGUCCCCUCCACCUCCCAAACCUGCAGAACCAGAGCCCAAACCCCCCGAGGUGGACCUGAAGAGCAUUGUGGUGGAGUUCACUCUGGACCAGAUUGAAGAGUUCAGAGACGCCUUCACGCUGUUUGAUGAGACGCCAACAGGUGAGAUGAAGAUCACCUAUGCCCAGUGUGGAGACGUAAUGCGGGCACUGGGACACAACCCCACCAAUGAUGAGGUGCUGAAGCUGCUGGGGAGGCCAAAGGCAGAGGAGCUGAACGUCAAGCUUCUGGACUUUGACAGCUUCAUGCCCAUGCUACAGCACGUGGCGCGAUCCAAGGAGCAGGGCAACUUUGAAGACUUUGUGGAGGGUUUGAGGGUCUUCGACAAGGAGGGAAAUGGCACCGUGAUGGGUGCCGAGCUUCGUCACGUCCUCGCCACGCUGGGAGAGAAGAUGACAGAAGAUGAGGUGGACCGACUAAUGGUUGGGCAGGAGGAUGCUAACGGACACAUCAACUACACCGAGUUUGUCAAACACAUUCUGGCUGGAUAGAAACCAGCCUCAACUACUUGUAUCUGAAGUGUUCAUCUCUUUCAGCUGUAUGUCCUUGAUUUCUCCAAUAAAACAUCAGCUCUUAAUCAUGA